GACUUGGUGUCUUCCACGGAGAAAGAAAAUACUUACAAUAUGGUGAAUCCUGUUGUUUUCCUCGAUGUUACCCUUGGUCCCAAGGACUUGGGCAGAAUAAAAAUAGAGCUAUUCAAGGAUUCUUUACCGAGAACCGCUGAGAACUUCCGUCAGUUUUGUACAGGUGAGUACAGGCCAUCCGGUGUGCCUGUUGGCUACAAAUCUGCGCCCUUCCACCGCGUUAUCCCCCGGUUUAUGAUCCAAGGUGGUGACUUUAUUUCCCACAACGGGUUGGGGAGCGAAACAAUUUUCGGAUCGCAGGUGUUUGCCGACGAAGGGUUUCCAUACAGCCAUGAGUACUUGAGUAUCAGUAUGGCCAACAGCGGGCCCGACACCAAUGGUUGCCAGUUCUUUAUUGUUACAAAUCCCGAAGGUACCCCUCACUUGGACGGCAAGCACGUCGUGUUUGGACGGGUAGUGGAAGGCGAGGAUAUUGUUCAGGUGAUUGACAGAGUGCGCACCGAUGGCAAUGACCGACCGCAGUUAGAAGUUAGUAUUAAGAACUGCGGUGAAAUGUGA